AUGACCAAACAUCUUCUCGUAAUUGGUACCUUGAUCGCCCAGGCUGUCGUCGCUGUUGCUUCCACAAGCCAGCAGCAGCACUCAUGGCAGCUUCCCAUCGAUGCCACCUUGGCGCAGCCCCUUCCUGAGCAUGUUUCGUCUCACCAGCCCAUUUCUGACCGCAGCCAAGCGCACAUCUGGUCGCUGUCAUCUGCCGAGUCGCAUCGGCAGUCUUUUUCCUUGCAGCAUGCCGGUCAUCGAACCAGCUUGACUGCCGACAAGGUCCCGAAGCAGACCACGAGUGACGUCUUCGAUGAUGCUGCGCCUGCUGGCUUGAACUGGUCCCUCUCCAACACGAAUGGAUCGAUUCAAGUGGAUGCGCUCUUUCCCUCGCUUGCCCAUCUCGACCUGCUACGUGCCGGCGUGAUCCAGGACCCCUCUAUCGGUCUCAAUGAGGGCCUGUACCGAUGGAUCCCGGAUGAGCCCACAUGGACCUACACCGCGGAUCUCGAACCCGUCUUGAAGCGGAUCAGAGCUUCCCGCAAUGGUCGCAGCGCUGAUCAGCAGCAAUGGCUUUACUUCCAGGGCCUUGAUACGAUCGCGCAAGUCUAUGUCGGCGGUAAAUUGAUCGGCGAGACCCACAACCAGCACAAGUGGUAUGCCUUUCGCAUUCCCUCGCGCCUCGUCGAUCUCAAUGCCACAACCCAAAGGACGGAUGGUGGACGCAACACCAACAUCACGCUCGUCUUCAACAACACGAACCGUUAUGCUGCUCAGCAAGCCGACAAAUUCGACCCGGGCUACCCCAACCAGCUCAAUGGCGGUCUCCGACCCCGAACGUUCGACUACGAGUAUCCCAACCGCAUCUUUGUUCGCAAGCAGCAGUCCGAUUUCGGUUGGGACUGGGGGCCGGCUCUGGUUCCUGUGGGUCCCCACAAGCCGGCCUACUUGAUCGCUCUUCCUGAUGUCGAUCAGGACUCUAAGGAUAUCACAGACGCUAGCGAGGCAGCGCAGACACCUAGCGAUCUGGCGAUCACAGCAGAAAAGCCGACAGUGGUCGUCCUGGCCUUGGGCGUCGACAUCUAUCGCAAAAGACAGACCAACAAUCUGCCGCCACCCGAUCCGAACGCGACCUGGAUCGUCAAUGUCACGCUCACCCUUCUUUCGUCGAGAGAGGUCAGCUGGCCGUCGCUGCGCCUCUCGAUCCCUUCUCUCGGUCUGCACACGUUCGAUGCGCUGCUCUCUUCGUCGACCGUGUCUGCUGGACUCAACGAGCCUGUGCACGCGACCUUCGAGGUUCCAAGCAGUGGAAAGUACGGUCCUGAACUCUGGUGGCCGCGCGGCUACGGUAAUCAGACCAUGUACGAGCUUGUGGUCCACAGCGACGAGCUGAAGCUCGAGGUCAAAAAGCGGGUCGGCUUCCGCACAGCCGUGUUCGAUCUCUCGACCGUCUCUCCCGAGGAAGUCCAGCAAGGCGUCCAGCCCGGCUCGCAUUUUCGGCUGUUCGUCAACGACCGAGAAGUGUAUGUGAUGGGAACCAACAUGAUCCCGCUCGACACGCUUGGUCCACGCACCAACCCAGCCUACCUCCGCUGGCUGCUCGAUUCGGCGACCUAUACGCAUGUCAAUCUCGUCCGUAUUUGGGGAGGAGGCGCCUACCCGUCUCAAGAGCUGCUCGACUUGUGCGAUGAGCGAGGCAUCAUGGUGUGGAUAGACGCCAUGUUUGCCGCCUCGCUCUAUCCGUACCACAACGACUUUCUAUCGGAAGUUGGCGGCGAGAUCGCACAGGUGAUGGUGGACACUGUUACGCAUCCGAGCGUCGUCGCUGUGGUGGGAAACAACGAAGGUGAGCUGUUCUUCACUGCGUACGGCAAGUGGGAGCAGGACGCCGAGUGGAAGCGCGGCUACGAGCUCUUGUUCGAUACUGUAAUUCGAGACCGCGUCAAGGAGAUCAGCAGGGGUCUAUCGUACAUCCCCUGCUCUACAACAACGGGCUACAUCCAGCUGGACCCGUACAUCGGGCGAUACGACAACUACACUCGCGGCGUCGAGCUGCAUGGCACUGGCGAGCACUAUGGCUACGACGCCACAAAGGCGUUCGACAUCGCCUCCUACCCGCGCAGCCGCUUCAUGGUCGAAUUCGGCAUGUUCUCACUGCCGUCCAUCCAAACCCUGGACCGCAUCCUCGUCGGCGACUACUCGGUCAACUCGACCGUCCUUCGUGCGCACCUCAAGCAUCCGCCCGCUGCAAAUCUCACCUAUCCCUUUGCCGCCGACACCGGUCGGGCCGAGCUCCUCUCUGCGGUCACCACGUAUUUUCCUGUCCCUUCUGCAUCCCUGUCGGAACGCGAACAGCUGCACAGGUGGAGCGUCAGCAGCCAGCUCUUCCACGCGCUGUACCUGGCGAAUCAGAUCAGCGUAUAUCGUGUACAGGCGGCGACGCGCGAGCGAAAUCGAGGACUGGUCGUGUGGCAGCUCAACGACGUGUGGGAGGGCACGAGUUGGAGCAGUGUCGAGUAUGGCGGUGCGUGGAAGAUGGUGCAGUAUGCGAUGGCGGGGAUGCAGGCGCCGGUGGCGGUGGUAGGUGUGUAUAAUGGGACGGUGGACAGGUUGGAUGUGAACGUGGUGUGGAGUGGAGCGGUGAGAGAGAAGGGAGGGGAGGUGGAGAUGGAGUGGUUCGAUUGGACGGGUCGAAGCGUGAGGAGGGAGACGCGGCGGUUCGAGGUGGAUACGACUGGUAGUGCUGGUGCGGUGACGGUGCAGACGUUCGACAACGUCACCAACCUCUGCGGUGACGAAGGAUGUUACCUCCACCUCUCGUUCAACGACACAAGAGCAUACUGGACACCCAUGCAUGCGCUUCAACGCACCCUCACCCGGCUGCACGACCAAGGUCGGCGUCCGAAGCUCGAACUCUCCCUUCCCUCAGAGGGAAACGAGUGGGUGGUAGAAGUGCGCAACACAGGUAGCAGUGUCGCGCCAUGGGUGUGGCUCGAACACGGUACGCGGGAAGUGGGGUUCUUUGCGAGAUGUCAAGAGGGACAGUGUAGGCCGUGGAACGGGUUCUGGUUGCAGCCGGGGGAGGUGGUGAGGGUGCGCUUUGUUAGCGCUGGAGGUGCGCAGGGGAAGGGGGAGGAAGAGGGGAAGAGGGCCUGGUUUGCGGGGGUGACGGCGUCGUCGAUGUUUGACAACUUUGAUCCUUCGUCCUAG